AGAUCUGACAGCUGCUGCAUCAACUAAGCUUUGAUGUGUCUAUUUUUUCUUGCGAUUGGAUAUCUGCUCGAGAGAGAAAGUUUUACGGAGGUCGAGUUCUCCUGUUGUGCGCUAGUAGAUGUUCUUGAGAGGUGACUCAAUUACUCUUUUUUGGCGUUGUAGAAAGAGUCCUUUGAGCAAAGUUCGAAAAUUGAGUAAAUUUGCUCCUGAAUUAGUACUAAAUAGAAAAAACAGAUGGUUAGCGCUGCUGCAGCAGUUGCCGUAGCAUCGGCACCAUGCUACGAAGAGUCAUGGGCCUGCGCUUUGUCCAGUGUGGAUCCCUAUUUCUACGCUUAUCUUGGCGUUGCGCUCUCAUUAGGUCUUAGCGUGCUGGGUGCAGCAUGGGGUACUAUCGAGAUGAUGUUCUUGCAAAUUAAUAUUAUUGGUUUUGUUCUUUAUCCUAGUAAAUCUAAAUGGAAGUCUCAGGAGAUGAGUAAACUAAUAUGUCGCAAUAAAAAUUUCAAUCUGUUUAUCAUCAUUAAGCGAUGAUCUUUUGUCGUAUGAAGGUAUCUUCAUCACGGGUUCUUCGCUAGUGGCUGCGGGAGUAAAAGCCCCACGAAUUGCAACGAAGAAUAUUGUCAGUAUCAUUUUCUGCGAAGCUGUAGCAAUCUACGGUGUCAUUAUGGCCAUUCUCAUGCAGAACAAAAUAUCCGCUAUCCCGCAGUUCGAGGUACUUAGUUACCUGCUUCUUUUAUGGAUAUGAUGCUUUUUGUUUGAGUCGAAUCUUAUUAAACUACCUCACAUCAAGAAUCAUAUAGGUACCAGCAUCGCCACAAGGACAAAUCGCAACAAUUAUGGGCGCAGGAUACUGCAUGCUUGCAGUAGGUCUCUCUGUCGGAUUCUCAAAUCUUUUCUGCGGUACUUCUUUUAUUGCCGUUGCUGGUGGGUGUCAUCUUCACUCUUAUGACUUACCAAUGUGGCACAAUUAAUGGUUUGUCUCAGGACUUUUAUGACUUACUAUCAACAUUCCUACUAUUCUUGCCACAAAAAUUAAAAAUUUCUAUUUCAAAUGUUUGUUAAUCCUCUCUUCUCUCUAGGAGUAUCCCUGCUCUAUCCGCAGGCUCAUCCCUUCAUGCAAUAAUGUUGGUUAGUCUUCUGUUGUCCCUCAAGGUAUCUGCGUUGGUAUCUCUGGUAGUGGCUGCGCUCUAGGCGAUGCGCAGAGGCCGGAUCUCUUCGUGAAAAUGCUCAUUAUUGAGAUCUUCGGCAGUGCGCUUGGUACAUCUUCAUUCUUCUAAUUCUUAUGUCAGCUAAUUCUCAUGUUAGAGUUAGAGCUUGUUAAAAGUCAGUGUUAGGGCUUCUAAAUCGUAGAUGAUAAACUACACCGAAUCCUCCACCAUAAAGGUCGAAUCAUACUUCGCGUCUUCAUCAUGUCCAUAGGAGUGACAUGGUUCUGAAAGUCGUACUGGAGAAAGAUCAUGUUCAAACCAAAUUUGAGCACCAUUGAGAACAGGUCUUUUCGGCGUCAUUGUCGGAAUUAUCCAAGUGAACGGCGCUCAGUUCCCGAAGUAAGCAGUAGGUUGCACCACACAGUCACAGGAUGAACAAUUCUACUUCUACUACGAGGACUCUUGUUGGUGGAACUUUCAUGGUCAUUUUUCUACACGAACUCUGCUAGUACAACUGGUCUUCGGAUCGUGCUGGUCUACUAGAACACAUCGUCCUACAUCACCGCUGAUAGCAGUUAUCUAUCAGAGAAGAACCCGCCGUCUACAACUACAACAACUGUGUUACUCUACUACAACAUCGUCUACUACGUCCUCUUCGUCUUACGUGCCGUGGAAAAAAAGUUUUUGUCGAAGUAUAAUAUGCGAGUCACGAACUUCCUGUUUUGGCGGGCAUCUUUCCACAGUGUCUUAGUACUCGCUUAGCGGACCAGAACCGGAGAAGCAACUGGAGCACUCUUGCAUGCGAAUCCGGUGCAAGAGUUGAUUCUUUGGUGCUGCAUGUGUUGAUUCUUUGGUGCUGCAUGUGUUGGGGCUGCAUGUGUUGGACUAUACCUGUCAGAAACAGGAAGGGACAAAGCUCGCCUACUCGAUUGUUCUUCGCAUUUCUGGAAACAGCAAAUAUUUCUGAAAAAUAAUUCAAGAAAGAAUAUUUUUUGACAUUGAUAUCAUACUAGGUUGCAGUAGCCGAUGCAGGAAACAACAUGCUGGCAUGCGCAUGUUGUUUUUUUUUGCCGGUG